AGAUGAAACAAAACAAAAACUACAUCAGUGGACGUCAAUUUGUACGUCAAAUCACUCAAAAUUUUUUGUCGAUUUUAAAACUUUUACAAUUCCUUUUCAAAAUUUUUAGUGUGAAAACAUGGCUUGUCCCCCACAAUCAUGCUGUUAUUGCCCAGGAACACCAGGCCCAUCAGGAAGACCAUCACCUGCGCGAAGUCCAUCUGGAAGACCAUCACCUGGGCCAAGGUCACCAAGAGGUCCUUUAGCACAUUCAUCAAUGAGACAAAGACCGGAUAACUCACGUCAACAGCAUUCUGUGGCAGAUGAAACUCUUAACGAAAUUAAUGAUUUGGAAAAUCUAGGAAUUUUGCGUAGGUCACAGUUGGAUAUACAUAUGAGAGACGAGCCUGGAGAUGAACUGAAUUUGAGUCAUUCCCAUGUCCUCGAAGUGUAUCCCCAUGAACCUAGAGGAGGGGACGAUUCAUUAGGUAUCAUGGAUUCAAGAUAUAUGGCUGAUGAAAGAUUUGCUGCAGCAGAUGAAUACAACUACAGUGGUCCAGAUGAUCUGGGCCCUUAUCCAGUACACGUAAUGAAUGAGCUUUCUAGUGCAGGUCAAGGUUCACCUUCAAGGACACCACCAAGAGGACCCCAAAGAACACCAUAUGCUGCAUCUCCAGGACGGGCCGCGGGAUCUCAUAUGGUAACAUCGACACCGACAAUGAGGCCCGAUCAAUCUUCUUGUGUCUGUUCGCCAAGAUCACCCGCAGGUCGUCGAGCUCACGACUCAUCGAUCAUGGAUUCUUCGCAUAUGGCAAGAAAUAUGCUGGGUGCUAGCAACGUUUAUGAAUACAGUGGGCCAGACGAUAAUGGACCUAAUCCUAUGCAAGCCUUACGAGACCUUUCAGGACUGGAUAAUUCUUUCGGUAUCAUACCCCAACAAUAUAUGGACAGACACAUGAUAGGGGCAGAUUAUGAUACCCAGCAUUCAUUUC